AUGAAGCUGCUUUUUUCGGUCUUUUUACCGGCUGUUGCAGCCGCAGCAUUGGCGUCGCCUUCUGUCACAAUUGAUGCCGGUACCCUUCAAGGUGGACGGUGUGAAAAUACGUCCGCAGUCUACUACAAGGCAAUCCCCUUUACUGAGCCUCCGGUUGGAGAUCUUCGCUUCGAACCCCCGAAGGCGUACAAUAAGCAAUACCCCGGUGGAAAGCUCGAUGCAACUACCGCGCCUCCAUCGUGUAUUCAAUUUGGAUCGGAGUUUGACGCCACAGGAGUUAUCAAGGAAGACUGUCUUUAUCUGGAUGUUUGGACUCCACCUGAUGCCUCUAAAGACUCAAAGCUCCCAGUCAAAGUCUGGAUGUACGGCGGGUCAGAAACGUCGGGCGGAAUUUCGAAAGGCCUUUUCGAUGGAUGCAACAUUCCAAAGGAUGGUUCGAUUCUUGUGUCAAUCAAUUACAGACUUGGUCCCCUUGGCUUUAUGGCACUUGACAGUGCCGGAAUUUAUGGUAACCAGGGUAUCCAAGAUCUUCUCCUCGGCUUGGAAUGGGUGCAGACUAAUAUCGCUGCUUUUGGUGGUGACCCGAAAAAGGUGCUUCUAUUCGGCCAAUCAUCCGGCGCCGAGGACGCAUUUAUUAUUGCCUCUCUUCCUCAGGCACCAUCUUUCAUCAAUAGUGCCAUUCUGGAAUCGGGUGCCGGGAAACAGCUGCAAAUUAACUCGACAGCUCAAAGUGUCGGCGCAUCGUAUGCUCGAACCCUCAAGUGCAACCCUGGUGAUAAAGCCUGUCUGAAGUCUAAGACUGUUAAUGAAAUAAAGAAGGCGUACCAUAGUGAUGCAUUCCUGAGUGAGGGAAUUGGAGCAAUGUCUGGCCUCGGUAUCGCCACCCCAGGAACGCAUAACUUCUAUCCCCAUGUGGAUGGAAAAGUCAUAGCCGAGUCACCCUUGAGUCGCGGAGUACAAGUCCCAGCGGUCUUCGGAUACAACAAAAAUGAGGGUGUCAUAGAUGUCACCGCCAAGAUCAAAACACCAUCGAAUGAAAAGGAAUUAACGCCAUCGCUGUAUAAGAGCUUCCCCCAGAAGGACUUUGGCAGUGUCGCUUGGCUUGUAGAGAAAUAUUACCCCUUGGCUCAAUACGUAGCUGCUACCAACAGUACCCAACUGGGUGUGCUCGAAGCCAUUGCGCAUAUCAAAACCGACAGUGAUUUCAAGUGCGUUGGAUACGAGGGCCUUCUCUCAGCUGCACGCAAGAACAUUCCUGUGUGGACCUAUGAAUAUACUCACAACAACACUUGUGCAUGGCUGGGCUCACUGGCAAGCCUCCAGGCCUAUCCGGAGGCGCUCGCUCUAGAGGGCGCCACUCAUACCGCGGAAAUCCCGUUCGUCUUCGGUAACAUGGACAGCCAACCUCUUUCAGGUGGGCCUUGCAAUGCCACAGAGGCUGAGUAUCAUCUCAGCGAGCAGAUGAUGAGCUUGUGGACGGCCAUGGCAAAGAAUACCGAUCCGUCUACCGAUGCCAUCCAAUGGCCGCGAUUUUCGCUGGGAAGGAAUGCUUCAACUCCCGGUCUGAUCUUCGCGAAUUCGGCUUUGUCUGGUGAAAUCGAUUACAGUAUUUGUCAACAGCUGUGGUCCAAACUGUACAUCGUCCUAGGAGCGGAUAAUGGUACAUCCACGACCACGCCGAUCAGUGGUAGUGGAAAACCAACGGUUUCGCCAUCUGCUACCCCCUAA